AUGGAUUCCCUCCACCUCACUCUCGAAGACGAGCCCAUCUCCAUCCAAAGCCACUUCCUCCCCAUCCUCGCUGAAUACCUCCAACCUACCAACACCACUACUCCAGAAACCGCAGCUAUCGCCCUCGAUAAUCUUCACCCAGACAAACGGCGAGAAGAGAAAGACAAGGAAUCCGGCGAUGUCUUUGUCUAUUACUUCUUCGAGCCUUUCCACGCCAUCGCCAAACAGAUCCCUCAUACUCAUCCGGCACAGGGGAGGUUAGUCGAUCUUGUCAAGGCACUGCGAGAACUUCCUUCUCGAUCAGUUCAUCUGUCGCAAUGGGGUGAUUAUGAGCUAUGGAAGGAUUUGCCUCUUUUCGGGGAGACGUUCAGCGAUGCUUAUUUUAGUGACAACGACAAACCCCUCGACAAAACAACCAAAAACACCCGAUUCCUCAACCUAACCAGCUACGCGGCCCGAUUACUAGGAAUUAACCUUAUUCCCAACGACAGCUACUGCAUCUGGGCUUUGUCAGACGCCCUAGAAGGCCGGUAUGACAGCGGAAAAGGGCGGUUACGGAAUAUCAUCACCGAUCCCACUGCAGACCCAGAGGUGGACAUACAUGUUGCGGUGGCGGUGGAGUGGAUCGUCCAUGCUGGUGCGGUGCUGUAUCGGAGAGGCGAGGCGCCGGGAGGAGACUAUCACGGUCCGUUAAUCAAGGGACCGGGCAAGAAGGCGUUUAGUAAGGAGAGAUGGGCGUUGUGGAAGAGUCGGUUUGCAGAGUUUGGGGAGUGUGAGGGGUUGAAGGAGGAGACGAGGGUGAAGGCUCGAGAAGCGGUUUCGGAGAUGGAGACGGUUGAAAGAUCUACUGAGGAGCUGUGA